AUGAAUAAUGAGCAGUUCCGUCGGAUGCUGGCGGGGAAAUCAUCCUCAAGUUCAGCCGAAAAGUCCAGCACCCCAGCUCGCAAUGCAGCUCCCGGCAGCGCAACCCCCGGUGGGCUCCUGGGUUCGCGAAUGCGCUCCAGCAUCCCCAUGACCCCACGCUCCGUGACUGGUGUAGACUUUGCGCGCCAACUCGCCGAGCAACGCCGCGAAACCGACGACCGACCAAGCAAGCGAUUCAAGUCCUCCGCCGCGCCAAAGGGAAGCAAGCUGCCAGAAGGAUAUCAAGAUCGCGCACAACAGCGCAAUGCCGAAGACGAGAACCCAGAUGAUCUCCAAAAGCGCGUCAAAGCGCUGGAGGAAAUGGUCAAACUAGGCCAAAUCGACCAAGCGACUUUCGACAAGCUCUGUACGGAGCUCGGCGUUGGCGGUGAUGUCGGGAGCACACAUAUGAUUAAGGGUCUGGACUGGACGCUUCUCAAGCGAGUCAAAGCUGGCGAGGACAUAUCUCAGACAGCUGAGAAACCGGAGCCAGAACCGCGGGAAGAACCCCUCUCUGCUGAGAUGGCUGAAGAGGAGUUCGAGCGGUUAAUGGAAGAAAAGGGACUGGAACAGACUACGGCUGCUCCAAAGGAACAAAAGGAGAAGAAGAAAGGCACUAUGGCGCCUCCCCCGCCGCGCAAGAAGACUCGCGACGAGAUCCUGAAAGAACUUAAGGCUAGUCGAGCCGCACCGCGUCCACCGCCAGAGUCUACGUUGGGCUCCCGGUUCAAGAAGCUUGGGGAUGACAAGCCAGAGAAGAAGCGAUUUGUGGAGGUUGCAGAGAAUGGUAGGCGCCGGGAGGUCCUAGUUAUUACCGAUGCGCAAGGCAAUACCAAGCGUAAGGUGCGCUGGAUUGACAAGCCCGGCGAAACGGCACCUUCUUCUGAACCUUCAAAGUCCGAGGAUGCUAAGCCCUGGGGGAUGGAGGUGCCUGCCGAAAUUGCCGCCAAAGCUGCCGCCAAAGCUACUCCGGAUGACGACGACGACGAUAUCUUCGCAGGUGUUGGUGCGGACUACGAUCCUCUUGCCGGGAUCGAAGACGACGAUGACUCGUCAUCAGAUGAAGAAGGCGAAACCAAAGUGAAGCACGGAAAAAAGCCAGACGGAAAGGAUUUAACAGAAGACGGGAAACGUCUCGAAGACGAGAAGCAACCCGCUAAACGAAAUUAUUUCAGUACCAGCACAUCCGAUGCUGUUAUGGAAGAAGAACCAGAAGACAGGUCCAACCCUCUCAUGAAAGACCCCACAAUCAUGGCUGCUCUGAAACGAGCAGCUGCUCUUCGACAAACAUCACCUUCAGCAGAAGACUCUGGCGAAUCCGGCGAGUCCGCUCUCCGACAAAAGAAAUUCCUCGAGGAAGCUCGGCGACGAGACGCGAUGGAUGCGGCAGAUAUGGAUAUGGGAUUCGGUGGAAGUCGAAACGAGGAUGGCGAAGAAGAGGAUGUGCCUCUCCUCGACUUUGACGAUGAUGGUGACGGCCAGGAAAGGGGAGGUGCAAAAAAGCGCAAGCGUGGGCCUAAGAAGAAGAAGGGCGACAAGAAUAGCGUAUCGGAUGUGAUGUCAGUCCUCGAAGGACGGAAGAAAGAUUGA